CGGAGCAGGCGGGCGGGACCGGCGCGGAUGUGGCGAGGCUCCUGAAGGCAGGUUCCGCAGUAUGGCUGGGACGGCGCUGAAGAGGCUGAUGGCCGAGUACAAACGUUUUUCUACAGUUCAGCCUGUGGGAAACGAGGCCACGUCAACCCUGGGGAAUGGAUUGCUUACCGUUACAUGAAUAAAGCCUGCAUGAUGUGUCCCUGGUGGACUGGAGAGAAUUAACCCUGAAUCCUCCAGAAGGAAUUGUGGCAGGCCCCAUGAAUGAAGAGAAUUUUUUUGAAUGGGAGGCAUUGAUCAUGGGCCCCGAAGACACUUGCUUUGAGUUUGGUGUUUUUCCUGCCAUCCUGAGUUUCCCACUUGACUACCCCUUGAGUCCUCCGAAGAUGAGAUUCACCUGUGAGAUGUUCCAUCCCAACAUCUAUCCUGACGGGAGAGUCUGCAUCUCCAUCUUGCAUGCCCCAGGCGAUGAUCCCAUGGGCUAUGAGAGCAGUGCUGAGCGGUGGAGCCCUGUGCAAAGUGUAGAGAAGAUCCUGCUUUCGGUGGUGAGCAUGCUGGCAGAGCCCAAUGACGAGAGUGGAGCGAAUGUAGAUGCCUCCAAGAUGUGGCGGGAUGACCGUGAGCAGUUCUACAAAAUCGCCAAGCAGAUCGUACAGAAGUCUCUGGGGCUCUAAGGCCACACCCUGCGCACGACGAGCAGUCAGCGCUGUCCUCCAGAACACUCGCCACAGUGCUGCCGUGCCGACACCAACACAGGCAACUGUGGAGCCACGGCACCUAUUCUUCCUUCCUUUCCAUCCCAGACAGGCAGCUCCCCUAAAUCAUGACUGGAAUAAUGACAGUGGCUGCGUUGCUAAGGACUCCUCCUGCUGCGCCUCAGAGAGGGGUCCAGGCCGUCCUCACUACCUCUCCCAGCCACGGGGUGCUCAGCUCUGCUCCUUCCUGCAGUGCUGAGGACCUGCCUCUGUCAUCUACCAGGGACUGGGGAUACCAAUGCUGCUUCUUCUGAGGACAUGGGGCCUUGGAGAAAGCAGUGGAGCCUGCUGUCCCUGCCUCUCAGUUCCUAGGUGUCCCAGGAGGCAUUCUGAGCUUCUUUUGACACUUUGCACUUACAAGCCUAGGCUGCCUUUGGCAUGGUGACAGAGGCUUGCUGUGUGUAUCACAUGUCACCGUAGCCCCCUUCAGGGGCUGUUUUGUAAAUGGGUUUAUGAGAAGAGGGGACAGUGGU